CAUGGGGAAGGGGCUGGGGUGGGGUGGAGUGGACGGAGAACUUUAAAGCUUGGAGGAAGAUGAAGCAGGGGAGACCCCAAACCUGCCCCCUUUACACAGGGGGGCAGCUGGACCGGAGCUACAGCUACAGCUACAGCCCUGGGCUGGGAAAGGGUGACAGCAAAGAGCACCCCCGGGAGGGGCUGGGGGCCAGUGCCAGCUCCCUGGCCAGCGAGAACCCCUAUGCCACCAUCAAGGAGCUGCCCACCCCCACUGCCAAGGCCCCCGAGGGCAGUUACAUGGAGAUGAAGUCCCCUGUCCGGCGGGAGAUGUCCUACGCCGAGAUCGGGGUCCCCGAGGAGCCGCCCCAGGAGGAGGGCGGCCCCACACGCACAGACCCCCCCAGCCACUACGACUCCCCCAAGAACAGCCACAUCCCCAGUCACUACGACGUGCCCCCCGCCCGCCACUACCCGCCGUCCCCCCCGCUGCGCAGGAAGGACCGCUGAGGGACCCGGGGGGGGGGACACAGGACUGACCAGGAGGGGACAGAGCAUCCCUGCGGGCACUGGGGUGCUCUGGGGCUGUCCCUGAGCCCGCGGUGCAGGCGGUGAAUAAAGGGUGUUUGGUGUGGAGCGA